AUGGAUUCAUUGUUUCCAGCGUUUGACCCCGGCCAUGAGGGCAUCCUCGCCGCAGAUAUUGAUUUGGGAGCAAUCAACUACGCUAAACAGCCGCUUGAUGUUGUGGGACAUUACUCGCGGCCUGAUCUGCUCAGUUUGAAUGUCAAUAGGGAAGCAGAUAAGCAUGUGCACUACGUCUGGGAGUCAAGAUAG